CAAACAGACUGUUAGCUCCACUGUAAUGACGUUAUUAGCCUCCUGGAUGUUUUUUCCGCCGUUACUGAGUUUGGACACCGGGGAGCGACAUCCAUGAGCCUGUCCGGUCCUCUGAAGCUCCGCCGCCGUGACCUCCGUGAAGCCAGCCGCCCGUCCACCGGCCGAUCCUCCCGGAAGUGGUGACCCCUCCUAGCGGACACCCUGCUGCUCCUGCCGGCCCCCCAGCUCUGCCCCCCCGCCCUCUGUCCUGCCUGGGUCUCUGUCCUGCCGGCGGUGGAUUGGAGCACUCUAAUUGAAGGCUUUGCGAGGUGGUUUUUCGGUCUGGCGCCGCCUCCCCCCGGGGCCGGCGUGCGCUCCCAGCAGCCCGUGGUGCCCUGCGCCCCCCCCUCCCCGUCACUGCACACCAGAGCCCAUGCCCAAGGAGGAGGCGCGGUGCGUCCGCCAGGAGCCAUGUGCCUCCCUCACACCAACAACAUGGACAGCAAGUUACAGGGGGCGGGGCCGGGGGGAGGGGCCGUGCUUCGACCACGGGCAGGAGGCGUCCCACUGGAGCCCUUCAUACACCAGGUGGGGGGUCACACCAGUAUGAUGCGCUACGACGACCACACGGUGUGUAAGCCUCUGAUCAGCAGAGAGCAGCGCUUCUACGAGUCUCUGCCUCCAGAGAUGAAGGAGUUCACUCCAGAGUAUAAAGGUGUGGUGAUGGUGUGUUUCGAGGACGACUCUGACGGCUACAUCAACCUGGUGGCCUACCCGUACGUGGAGAGCAGCAUGGAGGGAGGCCCGGUGGAGCACGAGGAGCGGGAGCCUCCGGAGAGGGAGCAGCCCAGGAGGAAACACUCCCGCCGCAGCCUCCACCGCUCCUCCUCCUCCUCCGAACACAAGGAGGAGCGGCCCGACAGGAGGGAGGCGCACGACGCCGACUCCUCUGAGAAUCUUGGAGAGCUGAAGAGUCCCAGGCUCGACCCAAAGAUCCACUCAGACGUUCCCUUCCAGAUGUUGGACUGGAACAGCGGUUUGAGUUCAGAGAAGAUCAGCCACAACCCCUGGAGCCUCCGCUGCCACAAGCAGCAGCUCAGCCGCAUGAGGUCCGAAUCCAAAGACCGAAAACUCUUCAAGUUCCUGUUGUUGGAGAACGUGGUCCACCACUUCUCUUACCCCUGCAUCCUGGACCUGAAGAUGGGCACCAGGCAGCACGGGGACGACGCCUCCGAGGAGAAGGCAGCCAGGCAGAUGAAGAAAUGUGAACUGAGCACUUCAGCGACGCUGGGAGUCAGAGUGUGUGGCAUGCAGGUGUACCAGAUGAACACCGGCCACUACCUCUGCAGGAACAAGUACUACGGCCGCGGCCUGUCGAUCGAAGGCUUCCGCCAGGCUCUCUACCAGUACAUGCACAACGGGAAGGGUCUGAGGCAGGACCUCUUUGAGCCGAUCCUGAAUAAGCUUCGCAGCCUGAAGGCGGUGCUGGAGAGGCAGGCGUCCUACCGCUUCUACUCCUCUUCACUGCUCAUCAUCUAUGAGGGAAAGGAUCCUGAGGGCCCUCCGGUCCUCGGCUCCGGGCAGCAUGCAGCGCUGCACCAGAAGACCCCCGCGGCCCCGGAGCCCCGCUGUGGCCCCGGCCCCCACGCCCCCCCGCCCCCAGAAGCUCCCUGUGAAACGGACAUGAGCCAGGACCCGGCCCCGGGGUCUCUGUCCUCUCAGGGACCUGGACUGAUGGCUACCCCCUCCCCCUGCCCCCAUCCCCCCCCACAGGCCCCGCCCCCCAAGUCAGACUGCCACUCCUUCCUCCCCCCUCGCCCCUCGCCCCACCCCCAUCCAGACUCUCCCUCCCCUGCUCCUCCUCUUCCUCCUCCUCCUCCUCCUCCUGCCCCCGCCCCCCAGCAGCCCCCCCUGGUGGACGUACGUAUGAUCGACUUCGCCCACUCCACCUUCAAGGGUUUCCGCGGCGACACGGCGGUGCACGACGGGCCGGACCGCGGCUACGUCUUCGGACUGGAGAGCCUGGUCCAGAUCCUGGAGAGCCUCCGGGACGACAACCGGCCGUAGCCUGGAACACACACACACACACACACAAACACACACACACACACACACACACAGCUUGUUGUACGUUAGUUCAGGUCGUGUUCUCAGAACGGUUCAGCUGUAAAUACGGAACAAUCUCCAUGGAGGAGGACAGAGGAGCUGAAAUAGCUGCAACUUCAAGCUGAUGGAGAACCUCUGCAACACACACACACACACACACACACACACACACCUGUACCUCUACUCUUGUGAGGACCUGCAUUAACAUGGUGUAUUCCCCCGACCUGAACCAUCACAAUCCGACCUUUAGUUCCUGGAAGUUAAAACAUGUUGAGCUUCACUCUGCAGACUGAUGGAUGAGAGUUUGACUCUGAAGCUCCGUGUUCACCUCCAUCUGCUCAAAGUGGAAAGUUUCUCUGUGCUCCUUUAAAUCUCAGUUUAAAGCCUCGUUCACACUUCGUCCUGGGAAACCUUUUAGGUGGCAUAAAGUGAUUUUUACUCUCCUUUCUUGCACUUUUUCACACAUGCCAUAGCGAUGCCUUUGCAGCUUAAGGACUCAUUUUGUUAUUUUAUGGUCCUCUAAAACAUCUCUAACUGCUCCAGACAGCCGCCUUUCGAUUUCACCGUCUGGUCCCUUAUUCCUGAAUCUGUCUCCAGUUUGCAGACAUUCAUGAAAAAAGGAGCUUGUUUGCAAACAAAAUACCUUGUAUUACUUGUUCGUUAUCAGAUCAACCACUAAGGCUAAAUGAUAAAAUGUUAACAAGCUGCAGAUUCAAAUACGUUAUCAGCAGAGUCUUGUGAUUCGGCCUCUCGCUCCUCAUGAAAAUGUGUUUUUGUCAGUGUGACGUGUUGGUCCCUGCAGUGUUACCGCUCUCAUUCACAGCACGGACGCUCCCUGAAACGCUGCAAGUUCUUGAGGUUGGAAAAUUCCAGAUUUCCUUGAAUAUUGAUCCCAGCUCCCAUUCAAACAUGCAGGAAAUGUUCCUCAACUUCAUAGGGACAGACUGCAUGUGUGAAAGGGACUUAAGACAGAUUCAUAUGAGCAUCUCAGAUGGUUUAAAAAGACAGUUCAUUUCAAAGAAAAAAGGGACAAGUGUUAGGCAAUUUUUUAUAGAAAGGUUGGAGACAAAUGACUAUUCAAAGCGGCCUGGAGGAACUCUUUAAACCUAAAGGCUGAACUCAGUGAAACAAAGUCUGUGAACGUGGAAACAAACUGCAGAGUGAAGCUCAAAUAUCAUCCAAGUAAAUGAAAUGAAGCAAAACACACGUCAUCUAAACACAGAGUCAGAUGUUGAAGGAGGUGAAGACAAAAGGACAAAAGUGUCUUCAAACCUCAGAGCGGUCCUCACAGAGAUAGACGAACACACACACACACAGACACACACACACACCUGGGAGCAGUUGUCUGACAGCAGCGGGACAAAUCGUCCUCUGAACAAUCAGCUGAGACCCAGGAGACACACACACUCGCUUCCUCCUCCUCCUGCUCCUCCUCCUCCUCCUCCUCACUCCCUGACCCCUCCACCUCCUCCACCUGCACCUCCACCCCCCUCACCCCCCUUUCUCUACAGAAACCAAACCUGGACAGGUGAACAGACUCUUUCAGCGUUUCAGAAACACAUCGAGCGUCUGUUAAAGCAACAGACGACCAGACGAGACAACCAAGGCAACCUUUUUUUUUUUUUUUGUUGUUGUUUUUUUCCCGUCAGCAGUGCAGAGGGCGACAUCAUCAUCAUCAUCAUCAUCAUCAUCGCCCGCAGGGAGAACAGCGACAACGUGCAACAUAGAAGUAGGAUUUAAGGAGAGAAUAUAGAUAAUUUCUAUAAAAACAACCAACACGCUGUGUGUCCGUUUUUGGGUCUUAAUUCAGAAACGUUAGUCGUCGUCCUGUAAAUCAUCCUCUGGUUAUCGUUAAUAUCUAAAGCAUAACUGUCACUUUCCCCAAAACUGGUCUGCUGAUGUUUGUUCUUACUGUCAACAAAUCCCAUUCUUUAAAAAAAAAAAGACUCAAACAAACAGUGAAUUAAUCUACUAACAAGUAUCGUUUGUGUUUCAGAAACCAGCUGAUGAAUCCGCCGCUGAAAAUAGUCCCGACUAAAACAACUUUUUCCUGUUUCAGUAACGUUUGAUAAAAAGCAGCUGAUUUAUACCGUUACUGAGCCUUUUAAAUGUGAGAUUGAAAAGUAUUUUUAUGUUUUAUUUGAUAUCUGACAGUAGAUUUAUGACUCGUCCCUCAGAGACUUUAACUCUUCGGCCCCUGAAGGUUUAUUCUUCUUCUUGACUUUAAAAGCAGCAAAAUAAUCUUUUAAAAACGUCCUUUCAGCAGCUGUUCUGACGCCUGAAGCUCUUUAGCGCCUCAGUUGUGUCAAAUUGUUUUCAAUUUUGAUUAUUAAAGGUAUAAAAUGCAGGAAUU